AUGAGUAUCAUUGCCUCAUGGCUAAUAGCCUCAUACAUACUUUAGAACCACAGACAGAACCAGUAUUGCGGUGACAUUCAUAUUGGAAAGUCGCGUUUGAGGAAACUUUAAUACCAUUUAGGGAAAAAUAAACAAUGGGUUCAUUGUCGAUUGCACUGACUCUAUUCGCCGUUGUCUACAUCAUCGGCAGCGCGGAAGCCGCUACAGGUAGCUGCCCUCUGCCGUCUAAAAUCACCGGCUGUAGUCCGAAAUGUUACCAGAACUACGAGUGCAGUAACGGCAAGGUGUGCUGUCCGAACUCCUGCAACACGAAGUCUUGCGUCGAUCUUGCAGUGUUUGGAGGCGGCAACAGUGGAAAAGACAAGUAUUCACAAUCCGGUCCUGGGUCAUACUGCAACAAUCAGAAAUGCAAUUCCUUCGAAGUGUGCAAGCUUGACCCUAUAACCAAGAGGAUGAGGUGCAUGCGCGCUUAAAUAAAAUACAAUAAAAAAUACUUAUUCUAUAAUAAUUUUGUUUUUGAUUCUCUGUAAAUUAUAAUCCACCCAUUUAUAUUUUGUUUCUAAAUAAAAGGCUUAUAUUGUUUACUUGUAAUACUUGAAUAAAAAUUAAAAACUUUUAUAC